AGGUUGUGUGACAUGUACCUUGCUAAACUUGGAAUACAUUUAGAAAUACGCAGAGCUGCUGCGCCAGAUUUUGGCAGGAUUAAACAAGUACAUCACUAUUUUCCUAUCUAACAAAUUGUUUAUCAUUCACUGCCAUGACCAGCGUAACACCCUAAAAAUAUCAACAAUAACAAGACAACAAAAAAACCCCAAAAAACAAAAAAACGCGCUCUCUUCUCCCUUGUCGUGAUCCUCUAAGCCAGCCUGCUCAAAAGAAACAUGGGGUUUGGGGGGGAAGAGAAAAUCUUCGACCCUAAAAAGUAGGCGGUAAUCGUUUGCUUGGAAAAAUGGCGUUGCGCUAUUAAGUCGCCAGAGCUCUACCUGCCAUUGGAGGGGCACCUGGGAUUGAUGAGGCGCGGUGGCCAAUGAGACUGCGCGGAAGGAGAGAACGGGCUCCAGUUAAAGGGGGCGGAAGAGGAGGUAGAGCCAGUCCACGGAGAAACAGGGACCCUCCGCCGAUAAAGCGCUCGUUCCGAGCCAGAGACAUAAAUCCGUGCCCAAACUGGACCGCGGUGAAUGUUUUUUUUUUCCUUUUCUUUUCUUUUUUUUUAAUUCUUGAGAUGCUCCAAACACUCUCGCUCGGCGUGCGCAGAAGGCGUCUAAUUAGAUAAUUGUUUUGAUCGAACAGUAUUUUUCUUCUUCUUCUUAGUUUCACUAAAGCACAGCCAGGAGGAGAGGACACAAGGGAAUCCUUCACUUUCGUUUGGAUUUUUCGAUCCCAUGUAAAUUAGGUUUUUUCCCCCCCUUGAUAGUUAAAUUGAAAUCUUUUAGUUAUGCGCGGAGAAGCGCUUUUGAUUCACGCCUGAUAUGGUGUUUCCAAAGCUGGAAGUUGCAUCGUUGCGUGUCAACAUUUGAUCUUUUUUUUUUUCAUCUUUCUUCUUACUGUAAUAAUAAUAAAAAAAGGAAGACAUCUACGCUGGUUUCGUAAAAUAAAUAAUAACAAUAAUAAAACAUGUUACUUGAUGCUGGCCACCAGUUCCCCGGACUGGGAGUGGGUACGUUCGCCAGGCAUCACUCUGCGAGCGAGAUGCAGGACAGAGACUUGAGUUUGGCGCAGAACAGCUUUGUAGACUCCGCGCACAUGGGUGCGUUCAAGCUGAACCACGAUCUCUCCCCGGGACAGAGCUCUGCCUUCACCAGCCAGGCGCCGGGCUACCCCGCUGCGGCUCUGGGGGCCCACGCCGCCCAUGUCACGUCGUACGCGAGCUCCCCUUUCAACUCCACCAGGGACUUUCUCUUUCGCAGCCGCGGCUUCGGAGAAUCCUCUCCGGCGAGCGGCCAGCACGCUAUUUUUGGCCCCACGGCGGGGUCCCUUCAUCACUCCCACACAGACACUCAGAGCCACAUUCUCUUCCCCGGGAUCCACGACCAGCACGGCUCCCACGGCUCCCCGAACGUCCUGAACGGCCAGAUGAGGCUCGGACUGCCGGGUGAAGUUUUCGGGCGCUCCGAGCAGUACCACCAGGUCUCCAGCCCGAGGACCGACCCGUACUCGGCCGCGCAGCUGCACAACCAGUACGGCUCCAUGAAUAUGAACAUGGGCAUGAACAUGGCAGCCCACCACCACCAUCACCCGGGUGCCUUUUUCCGCUACAUGAGGCAGCAGUGCAUCAAGCAGGAGCUCAUCUGCAAGUGGAUCGACCCGGAGCAGCUGAGCAACCCCAAGAAGUGCUGCAACAAAACUUUCAGCACCAUGCACGAGCUGGUCACGCACGUCUCCGUGGAGCACGUCGGCGGGCCGGAGCAGACCAACCACAUCUGCUUUUGGGAGGACUGCUCCCGGGAGAGCAAGCCGUUCAAGGCGAAAUACAAACUGGUGAACCACAUUCGCGUUCACACGGGGGAGAAGCCCUUCCCGUGUCCCUUCCCCGGCUGCGGCAAGGUCUUCGCCCGCUCGGAAAACUUGAAGAUCCACAAGAGAACGCACACAGGAGAGAAACCUUUCCAGUGCGAGUUUGAGGGAUGUGACAGAAGAUUCGCGAACAGCAGCGACCGAAAGAAACACAUGCACGUCCACACGUCGGACAAACCAUAUCUGUGCAAAAUGUGCGACAAGUCCUACACACACCCCAGCUCACUGCGAAAACACAUGAAGGUCCACGAGUCCGCUCCAUCUGCGUCAGAUUCAUCGCCAGCUGCAAGCUCCGGCUACGAAUCGUCCACACCCCCGGGCCUGGUGUCCCCCACCACCGAGACCCAAAGCAACACCACCCUGUCCCCAGCCUCAGCUGUGCACAACACCACCAGCCACAGUGGCCUGUCCUCCAAUUUCAGUGAAUGGUAUGUGUAGGACUGAGCUCGACAACAACAAAAAGAACAAAAAAAAACAAAAAAAACAACAAAAACAAAAUAAAACGAAGCCACACACACUUCACAGCACUGGGGCAUUCCACAGGAUAUACUUUGUAUUUAGAGACACACACGCAAAAAAAAAAACAACAAAAAAAAACAUUUAUUUUGUAUGUUAUUGUCCACCAGGCAGGACGAUGAUGAUGACCAACAGAGGAAAAUGUGUAUAAUAAAUAAACCUUAGAGGGUGUGUUUCAUACUGUAAAUAGGAACUUAAAAGGAGAAAAUGAAAAAAAAAAAAAAUCCACGUUCCCAUUUGGUUGUGGUAGUUUUGUCAAGUCUUUUGGUGUAUAGAUGUUCCUUCAGGUAGCUGUUUCUCUAACUGGAAUCUUAGUGCACAUAUUACCAUUAAAAUCUGUACAAUACUGUUGAAUAUUGUGAUCCUGAGGCAAACUGAUUGUACUAUACUAAAACAUCUAUAAACUGGAGAGAGUGCCAAAGUUAACCUUCUAACUCCCAACAGACCACAAUAAUCAUGAUCGUGAAUGUAUAUUUUAGUUUGCUGGGGCUUAACUUGUGAUGUUUUGUGCUUUGCAAGUUUGAAUUGUGAAGAAGAAGAAGAAGAAGAAGAAGGGGAAAAAAAAGGAGAAAACACUAUCUGGAAAGAUUGUGAGGUCAAAUAAACGUUGUGUCGUUUUUUCAAUUUGUUUUUUUUUUUGUUUGUCUUUUUUUUUGUUCUCUACCCACACACCCUUUCCUUUCUUUUUGUUGUAAAUAUUAGCUGCCAUAUUUAUCCAUUUGUAAUUAAAUUAUGGUAUUUACUUGCUACAGAUGAAACAGUAUUUAUAAAAAGAAUGUUUCUUUACCUAUAAAUAUGUACAAUGACGAGCUACAAAACACGGGCAGUUGUUUCGUUCUGUGCUAAUUUUUUGUUCAAAGUUUUAAGAGGUGUUUCCUUCCUUUAAUUGUGAUAAGAAUUUUACUGCUUACAAAUAUAAUAAAAAGGUGUUGCAAGUGCUUAAUAA